AUGGUGGCCCUGCUCUCAGGGGUGAAUCCCAGGCCGUCCGGGGGCCACGCUUCUCAACAAGAAGUGGAGGCCAUCAAGCGGAUCCUCUUGGAGCGGCUGGGCCUGGAGAGACCUCUGGUGGUCCGGCAGCCUCUGGGUCAGGAUGGCCUCCGGAAGGCACAGCAGGUCUAUCAAGAGAUGCUGGCUCAGGUCAGAGCAAACCAGAGCGCAGCAGAGACAAGAACAGCCGUUCAUCUCCUAAGGCCAAAACUGACACGUGUGGCUGAAGGUCCACCUGGACGUUUGAAGGCUCCAGGUGAGCUUCAUGGGCACUUCUACAGUUUGGAAUUCCCCAGGACAGCGUCACUCCACCAGAACCUCAUUGUCCUCAGGGCUGAGCUACGACUCUUCAAAGAGGCCCUCAGCCGGUCUGAUGUCUCCAGAUCCAACUCCACACGUGUCAACAUCUACAAAAUGGUGGACGGCGAGAGGGUGGCCCCCAAACCUCUGGCCUCCUACGUCCUCUCCAGAACCUCCCUGACCCUUGACCUCAGAGACCCUGUGGCUCACUGGAUGGCAAGCCCUGACCAAAGACUUCUCCUGGGACUGGAGUUCUCUACUGACGUAUCACCCUCGCUGGCCACCACCACGACAGCAGAAGGAACUGAGACGCUGCCGCUGGAGGUGGCGACCCGGGAGCGUGUGCGGGUGAGGCGGGCACGGCAGCUGGGCGAGGAGUGCGGCAAGGGUGAGGGGAAAUGCUGCCUGCGGUCCCUGAAGGUCUCCUUUGAGGACAUCGGGUGGUCCGACUGGGUGGUGGCCCCCAGCAGCUACUCCAUGAAGUUCUGCGAAGGCUCUUGCCCCCAAAACUACAAGCCGGCCAGCAUCCACGCCCAGAUCAAGUACCGGCUCCACAGCCUCUCUGGGGAGACCCCGGCGCCGUGUUGCGUCCCAGCUGCUUAUGAGCCAAUGGUGGUUAUGCAUUAUGGUAGCGAAGGGAAGCUGGUCACCCAGUUGUUCCAGGAUAUGAUUGUCACCAGGUGCCACUGUGCGUGAAGAUGACGGAUGAGGAUUUUGGGGGGAGGCGCCUCUCAUCUGCUCA